AUGUUUAAGCUGAUGGUGUUGUCUUCCGUGCUAGCCCUAGCGGCCGCAAAUCCCAGUGCUAUCGCUCCGUGGAGUCUUACUGGUCUUGGAUUAGCCUCUCCUUGGGUUGGUGCAGUUCAUGGGCCAAUUACUGCUCCUUGGGCAAUCGCAGCCCCAGCGCUCCGUCCUUACAACUACCGAGGACCCCUAUCGCUAGCGCCUGGACAACCAGCUAGCAUUUUGGCUACAGAUGGCAGACCCUUGGAUACUCUCAGCGUAAACCUGGACCGUUCAGCUCAUUUGACAGCGAGAGCUUUAGAUCACGGUGGUGUUCACCUAUUGAAGAAGCGUUCAGCUCCCCUUCUAGCGGCGGCUCCCUUAGCCACAGCAUGGUCUCACUCUGCUCGUUUGGACAUACCAACUACUCGUUGGGUAGCGCCUACACCUCUCGCCAUUCCUGCUACCGGACAUGUUGGUUGGCGAGCACCUCUGGCCUCGUUAGGAUGGGGAGCGUGGGGACACGGAGCUCCUUUAGCUCACUGGUAA